GCAUACUUUAUUCCAUAUAUAUUUCUCUAUAGCUGCCAAAGUCUGUCGAAGUCAAGUUUCCUUCUCUCAAUCAUGAGGUUCUAUAUGGUUUUACUCGGUCUCAUGUUGAUGAGUUGUUCUCUUGCUUUGGCCUCAGACCCUAGUCCUCUCCAGGACUUUUGUGUAGCUGCACCAAACACCCCAGUAAUGGUGAAUGGUUUGGCAUGCAAAGAUGCAAAGCUUGUACAAGCAGAUGAUUUCUUGUUUAGAGGAAUCCAUCUCAUGGGAAAUACAUCGACCGAUGUUGGGUCUAAAGUGACUCCGGUGUCUGUAGCAGAGUUACCAGGACUUAACACUUUGGGUAUUUCUUUGGCUCGUGUUGACUUUGCUCCAUGGGGUCUCAACCCUCCCCACACACACCCUCGGGCUACAGAAAUCUUGACUGUGCUUGAAGGCAACAUUCAAGUAGGGUUUGUGACAUCGAACCCAGAAAACCGUCUCAUCACAAAAGUAAUUGGAAAAGGCGAUGUUUUUGUUUUCCCAAUUGGUCUAAUUCACUUCCAAAGAAACGUAGGAAAUGGCUACGCGGUUGCUCUUGCAAGUUUGAGUAGCCAAAACCCAGGUGUGAUAACCAUUGGAAAUGCUGUGUUCGGAUCAAACCCUGAUGUCGAUGGAGAUCUUCUUGCAAAGGCUUUUCACGUGGACAAGAAUGUUAUAUAUGAGAUACAAUCAAAAUUCUAGAGUUUUUCAUUAUCUUGAAACAAUUAUUCUAUUAAUUUAAAUUAAGAUUUAAUUUUUAUAUUGAUUUGAUUCGUUUUGUAACGUUUAGAAUGUGAUAAACCUUCUUUUUAUUGUUUUA